AUAACAUCAUAGCUGAAUACUUCUGUGACAGAUUCAAUCUCAAGCUGCACACUGCUGGGAUCAUUGCUGCCAGUUUCGGAUUGGCGAAUCUUUUCUCCAGGCCCGGUGGAGGGUUCAUAUCUGAUGCAGUUUCAAAGAGGUUUGGAAUGAGGGGUAGGCUCUGGGCCUUGUGGCUUUGCCAAACAUUCGCUGGUGUCCUCACCUAUGCCAGUUGCUUCCUUACAGAUAGUCAGAGUUCAACAGCAACCACCUUAAGAUGCUGUUUUGCUCUUCAUAGUUUGAAAUUGGAUUGCAAGACAAAGAGAAUGUUUGAGGAAAAGGAGUGUUACAGGUUAUAGGCAGGAGAGACAGAGCCAAGCCUCUGCCAUUCAAGAUGGAUUCUAGCGGCCCAUGGGUCUUUGCCGGAGCUAAUGAAGGGAACCCAAGAGUCAGAUCCAAGUUUAUUGCACCAUGUUAUUAUAUGAACAAGUAAGUUGACUGAACAAAAAUUGACGAGAAUGAAGUUUUUCUCAUCAAAUGGUUUUCCUUGCCCAAGUCUCUAAUUUACAAUGUUCUCUUUGCCUCGUGCUCUCUCCUACCAGGGAGCUAGCUCAACAAGGUCCAUGCCUAAGCAAAGAAUCCGACAAUAUCAGAGGGUGAAAACCAACGAGAGUUCUAUUUUUCUUGAAGGUGAGGAUAUAAAUAUGAGCAUUUCACAUGCUGCUGAUUCUAUUGGUUUGAAAGAGAUACCAAGAUAUGAAGUUAAAAUUAUUGAGGAGGAUGACUGGAUGAAAGGAGCUCAGUUUGGUGCUGCCUUUGCCAUUGGAGUCGAUAUAGAUUCACAAGCAAUUGCAUCAGCAUCUGAAAAUGCUACUCUGAAUAACAUCAGACCAGACAAGCUACAACUGCACUUGAUUGCAAGCCAAACUUCUUCAUCCUGCAGGGAUGACUGGCCAUCUAGAGUUGUCGAGGGAGAAAAUGCUUUCGAGAUAGACAGAGUCACUCACAAGGAUAAAUAUGAUGUGGUCAUUGCAAACAUACUUUUAAAUCCUCUGUUAAAUCUUGCUGAUCAAAUUAUCUUUUCUGCAAAGCCUGGAGCAAUUAUUGGUCUCUCUGGAAUCUUAAGUAAACAGGUCCAGAACUUAUUACAGAAAUAUUCACUAUUCUUAGAAGGCAUAGAAGUGUCGAAAAUGGAUGACUGGGCCUGUGUGAGUGGCAGAAAAAGAAAGAAUAUAUGAUAUCUGCUGAUUUGUUGCUGUAGAUGCUUGGUUUAGGGGUUUAACUUUUCUCAUCCAAUCAUUCUUUGCCGUUUUAAUGCCACCCAGAAUGUUUUACAAGAAGCAGCAUGUUGAUGAUAUACUAGGAAUUAUAGUUGAUGAUCAAUACAUUUUGUUUGUGUUUUGAAUUAUAUAUAUUGACUUGCUUGUUUAUAA